AUGUUGAAUACAGAAGAGACCACAAUUUUACUACCAUUUUUUUUAGUUCGUAGAUUGAUUUUCUUUCUUUCCAGGAACCUGAAGGCUGUCAUUUGUAGUUACAAUCCUAUUAAUGCGUAUUUGGAAGUAAGAUUUUAUAGGAUUGCAGCCUUGAUCGAAUUCUGCACAGAAACUAGCAAGAGAAACUGGCAGUCUGCAAACAGCCUUCUUCACUUGCACAAACAUUUACUGUACUGCAUGCACAUUACAGCGGACGGUAUCUAUACCGUCUAUAUCUAUAUGGGUGUUUCAUAUAUCCACAAAAACAAAAUAGCUGAAGCUAUCAAAAAAUAA